GUUGCGCCGCCGAGUGCGCGGUGGGGAGCUCGGAGCCCAGAGGCGCGGGCUGGGACAGCACCCCGAGCAGCGGGACCUGCGCCGCGCUGGUGCGGCAGUGGGCGCAGGGCUACGGGGGCGGCAGCCCCUGCGUGCGCGCCUACGUGUCGGUCCUGGAGCGGUGCCCACAGUGCGGCAGCUGCCCCUUCUCCGCUGCCGGCCGGGGCUGGGGGGUCGGGCGAUGGGGCAGAGGGGCGGCGGGGCGGGGGACCAGGAGUUGGUGUUCAAGUAA